AUGUUUGAGGUAAUAGCAGGUGCCGAGCUGACUUUGAACGACUUUGAACGGUUGCCGCCAGAAUGCUGUCAACCCAGCCCCAGCUUACCACGCUUCCAUGGAACCGGCCACAUAGCGCCACCAUCACAGGCUUUCCGCAUGCACACGCUUUCGUUAACGCCUGCAGACAAGACAGGAAAACCAAACGCUCGCGAGCAUCAAGGGAUCAAUUUAUACGGGUUUCCAUCACCUCACAUAAGCAAGCUAUCUUCUCAUAGUUUUAUCUUCCACAAAAUAUCAAAGACAAUUAUC